AAAUCGGUCAUUUUUAUGGGUGGGAUUUUCUGAGAGGCGUUGCCGCACUAGAAGCGAGUAGAUUUUUAACCUCCGCAGCCAAGCAAGAGUUCAUACAAACGCAUUUGCAGCCGCCUACAGUGAACUUCUUGUCAAUUUAGCCUGAACCUUUCAUUAUGGCCAACUACAUUCAUGUACCCGACGAGGCUCCCGCUGUACCCAAAAUAGAUGUCACAUUAGACGAGAACGAUUACAGAUCUGGUGCAUUGAGACUAAUCAAGGAACUGAGACCGUUUUGGAAACCAUCCGAGGUCAAAAUGAAGUUCUUCACAGAUGGAAUCACCAAUAAGUUGCUGGGCUGCUACGUGGGCGGGGUCAUGCAGGAUGUGGUCCUGGUGCGUAUCUAUGGCAACAAGACGGAGCUGUUUGUGGACCGGGAGAACGAGGUGAAGAGUUUCCGGACGCUCCACGCACACCGCUGCGCCCCGCGUCUCUACUGUACCUUCAACAACGGCCUCUGCUAUGAGUUCCUACAGGGCCAGGCACUGGAACCUGAACACAUCCGGAGCCUGCCCACGUCCAGGCUCAUCGCGAGGCAGCUGUCUAAGUACCAUGCCAUACAUGCUCACAACGGAUGGGUGCCCCAGUCAGACCUGUGGCUGACAAUGGGCAAGUACUUCGCACUGGUGCCCAAGUUCUUCCAAGACCCAGAGAUGAAUAUGAGGUUAAACAGUGAGGUGCCUAGUCGAAGGCGACUGAGGGAAGAGAUGGUGUGGAUGCAGCAGAGUCUGUCUGUGCUGGGCUCUCCUGUAGUCCUCUGCCACAACGACCUGCUGUGUAAGAACAUAAUCUAUAAUCAGGAAGGAGGUGAGUCUCACCCUGCAUGCCCAAACAUACUGCACUGCACCUAGCCACUAUUGUACUGUCCACCACUACCCAGUCACAGGUAGGCCUGAUUUCAUAUACUGCACCAGAGUUUGGGGUCAAUUCCAUUUUUAAAUUAUGUCCAUUCAGGAAGUCGACUGAAAUUCUGAUUUUCCACAUUGAAGAGAAAUGAGGAGAAAUUGAAUUUGUUUAGUUCUGGAGUUAAAAUAGAUUUGAGGCACUGCACUACUGCUUUGCACGGCAUUCUUCCAGUCACAAGCCACAAACCACAGGAAGGACUGACCAUAGUGUUCAGUAGGUAAAACAUUUGAGAGAACAUUGCGAAGCCUAGGAGGUAUGAAGUACCCAAACAUGUUAAAUUGGCUUAUUUUGGUUUCUGUUUCAAAGUGUUUUCUCCUGUUUUGCUCUACUGAACAGGGCCCUGGCUUUAGUGCAUCUUGUGUAGUCAACUACCAUCACAGAGCCGACAGGCUUUGCCCAUCAUGUCAUGCUAGCUAAGGGUGGGAAGGGAGGGAGCUCCGUAGCCCAUUUUCAUUUUCAUCAAUACAUGUUUUUAUUUGUGGUCCUUUGGGAAUGCUGUUUUGUUUGUGUUGUGAAUGCCUUUGGUACUAACGGCCGCCCGUGUUCAAAGCGGAUGCAAGUAGAAAUGGUCUCAGACCAGACCUGCCAGGUGGCCAAUGGUUGCAGAGGGAGUGGUGUGUUUUUACCUGAGGGUGGGGGGG